AUGGAGGGGACCAGAACUGCACGCAACACUGAAAACAGUGUACUGGAGUGGUCAAGGGAGUAUGAAGCAGAACAGCCUCAAUUUCCAGAUGUUCCUGAAUCAAAACAUGGAUCUGUGUCUUUAGAAGCAGGAAUAUUGCAGCCAUUACAUAUGGAACAAUUUUAUUCAGACUCUGCAGCUGAUACUGUUAUCCAACAGUCACUUCCCAUACCUGAGGCAGCCCCCAUUUCAGAACCACCUAAUCCAAAAACAUGUUCUCCUCGAGAAUACUUAGAGUAUUACAUAUUUCCAGUACUCUUACCUGGAAUGGCUGAACUUCUGCAUCAAGCAAAGAAGGAAAAGUGUUUCGAGAGAAAAAGGACCAAAUUUAUUGCCUGUGAUUUCCUAACUGAGUGGUUAUACAACAAGAACCCAAAGAGGAAAGAUGAGUCAUUCACAGAAUUCUUUUCCAUUCCUUUUGUUACCAACUGGCUAAAGGACCAUCCUAGGCCACCAAUUCCUCUAUCUCUCCUUCUAUCAGAAGAAGAAGCAAGCAUAGUAAUUCAGUCCUUCUGGAGAGGUUAUCGGGUCCGCUGUGAUAGUGAAGUACAAGAGCUACGUCAGUGGCAAAAGCAACUGAGAGAGGACAAAAACAUUUUUAAGAGAGUGAAAGAAUUCUGGACUAAGCAGGAAGCCAAAGACAAAGCUUUACUGACAGGGCCAAAGUUAUCAUUCACUUACUGA